CUGGUCCAGUAAACGACGAAUGGUUCUGCCUGCCCGUUACAUCAGCCAGCUAUCACGUCUAUUCACCUCAAUAGGCUGUCUGUCUUGUACUGGUUUUGACGAUGUGUUUGGAUACUGGCUUGUAGUAAUGCGUUGUGUCUGUUGGAGUUUAUUGAAAUGCACUUUGAAUAGAGUUUGAAUGAGUUGAAUUAGCAUCGUAGGCGUGUGUGUGUAUAGUGACUGUUAGUGUGGAGUGUACUGAGUUAGUAUGUCUCCGUGACCGUCAGAGGGUCCGCUGCCUUACGCUGCGUGAUGUCACUCCCGGGGCUGAGAGCGAGGCGCGGUUAUUUACCCGACCCGGGCCGUUAACGGGGCUCAGUCGGACAGGACGCCGAGCUAGUGGGUCUUUGUCAAAGGAAAAGUAACCUGCUACUAUCGCUACAAAACAGAACAAGAUCUAAACAACAAACGGGAUGUGCAACAGAUGGCCAUUAUUCAACCACUAUUGAAGGGGAAAGGACGUUGUUAUCCGUGAGUCAUGGAUAGAAAGUGGACCUAGUCGAGUUGCGCACAAUCAGAAACUGGAAAAAACAAUAGAGGAAUAAAUCAGUAUCAUGGUGAUAAUAGAUAUGACAUUAUCACCAUGUAAUCAGUGAAGUGUUGACAUUACCCUUUUUAGUUAAACGACUUUGACAGCACUCAAAUUAACUAUAAAGCAUAUAUCCUAUCAAACACCACGAAAGAAAAAUGAAGGAAUAUGUUAUGUUUUUAUUCUACAAUUGAAUGAACUAUUUUGAUGUUUGUGGCUGAAGUCUUCUCGGACCCAUCCCUUAUCUGUUGACGAUGACAGCUCAGUGCGGGUCUCGUUUCGCCACUUUUGGACAGAUGGAAGCUGAGGAACGCAGAUUGUUGGAUUACUUUUUACGUCUUUAAACUGAAGUCGCCGCUAUUGCGUUAUAUGGUUACUAUACGAAUAUGAAUAGCAACUUUUAAAAAUUCAUUUUAUCCGCUCAAGUAUCAACCCGUGCGUCUCUGGGCCAUGACUGGCAUCAUUACGCUGCGUCUCUGGGCCAUGACUGACAUCAUUACGCUGCUGGGAUUACGGGUGUUCCGAUUUCAUGGUAUAAUUAUGAAUGUUUUACUUCAGUGAAUUUAAUUUACAUCGAGCACGGUUUAUGGAUUGCCUGAAUGACUAUUACUGUUCGAAGGACUAUGUUUGAAUGACACAUUUUUUCAGCAUUUGUUGAAGCAAUUAAUAAUUUCCCCCAGAAGAAUAACUAUCCAAGCAUCAGCGGAGUGUGUGUGAGUUCAAAUAUGUUUAUUCAUUUCAUUGAAUGAUUGGAUGAGAUUAUUAUUUAUUUUUCUUUCAUUGAAUAUCCAAUAACCAUUUCGUGGAUCUUUACUCACCUGAGUGUUGAAAAGAGACAUGAAAAGAGAGUGCGUGACUGGAGGAGUAAAAUGAUCUGUUUUACACUGGACAACUUGUCAGUGUAUUUGACAAAGCAGCACACGCUUUUUCUCUUUCUCUCAUUUUAAUUCAAUCAUCUCGUGCGUAAAGUUCUAAGGGGAUGGAUGCCUCUUGAGCCCAUCAGCCAUGUCUCUGUUUCUGCGUUAGAGCCCCACUCUUUGCUGCACUCUCACUGGACAACGAGUUUUCCUCAAGGGAUUAAGGUAGCAGAUAACAGAAACCUAUAUAUACAUUUUUUCACCUUCACUUUCACUCACUCCAAACAUACUUCAUGGUCCCCGUGAGUUUCUGAAUUUUCUCCAAUCUAUGUGCUCCUGCUGGCGUCGCCAUGGCUGCGGCCCCAAAAGUUACAUGCCUGUCAGCGCCAGGGGUAAAUGUGAUUACCAACCUGAACCUCAGUGUCACCACCGGAUCUGCCCCCUACAACCAGACAGCACUGCGAAUCCCACCCUAUUCCCCAGAGGCCACUGCGUUAUUCGCAAUGGCGAUCACCCUCAUGAUGAUCCUCACCAUCGUCGGCAACAUCUUGGUCAUCAUUGCAGUGCUCACCUCACGCUCACUCCAUGGCCCACAGAACCUUUUCCUUGUCUCCCUGGCCGCAGCCGACAUCCUAGUCGCUACCCUCAUCAUCCCCUUCUCACUGGCCAAUGAGCUGCAGGGUUACUGGGCGUUCCGCUCACUGUGGUGUGAGAUCUACCUGGCGUUGGACGUCUUCUUCUGCACGUCCUCCAUUGCCCACCUGUGUGCCAUCUCAUUGGACCGCUACCUGUCCAUCUCCCGGCCCGUGUCCUAUGGCAUCCAACGGACGCCAGCACACAUCAAGGCGGCCAUCGUGGUUGUCUGGCUUCUCUCGGCCGUCAUCUCCUUCCCUCCUCUCCUCUCCCUGGAUAAGAGCAAGGGAGGGGUGGAGGUGUGUGAGCUGAACAACGAGCGUUGGUAUAUUCUCUACUCCACCAUUGGAUCGUUCUUCGCCCCGUGUCUCAUCAUGAUCGGGGUCUACAUCAGGAUCUACCAGAUUGCCAAGCAACACACAAGAUGUCUGCCAGGGGAGAAACCCAACCCUAACAAAAACCCUGGCAACAUGUCUAGCAACCCUCCUAGCAACCCCACACCUCCCGCACCGGGGCCUGUCAUCAUCCCCCAACCCAAGCCUCUCAGCCAACCACAGAACCACAAAGGGGAGGGAGGGAAAGCAGACAGACAAUCUACGGACGCCGUACCUCUGAAGAGUCUCCCUGUCUCCUCCCCCUCGUCUCCUCCUCCCCAGUGUGAGACCCAGGCGAAGAGUCAACCCCAGACGUCUUUACCAAAUCCUGUCCCCACCUCACCCCGGCCUACCUCACCCACCGUAGCUCUCUCCCUCACACUCCUCUCUCCAGAUAGCAAACAUGAGGAGACCCACAGACAGGGUAAGAGACAGGAGGAGAACCAUAGAGACACCCCCAAUGAUGACAGCUUCAGCUCUGGCUCCGAGGCAGAGACGGGGGGAAGAGGAAAGGGAGGGAGAGGGGGAGGGAAAGGGACAGUUAAGAAUAAUGGAGGAUCAAAGUCUGGAGGAGCACCUCCCUCUUCUCUGACCUCUCACAAGUUCAAAAAUACUGUAGCCACACCCACAGGUACAGUGCUGGCCUCUGAUAGGCCGGUGAAGCCACAGGCCACUCCCAUGUCUCGGCGCAGGGCCAUGGUAAACCGAGAGAAGCGCUUCACCUUUGUCCUGGCCGUGGUGAUUGGAGUGUUUGUCAUCUGUUGGUUCCCUUUCUUCUUCUCCUACUCGCUGAAGGCCAUCUUUCCUGAGACCUGCUUGGUCCCUGCUCCCCUCUUCACGUUCUUCUUCUGGAUCGGCUACUGCAACUCCUGUCUGAAUCCCGUCAUAUACACCAUCUUCAACCAGGACUUCAGGAAGGCCUUCAAGAAGAUCCUCUGUAGGGAAACCAAGGGGACGUUCUUCUAGUGUGGACACUAUGUAAGGACAUCAAGUGGAUGUUCUUGUAGAGUGGAUACUGUGUAAGGACAUCAAGUGGAUGUUCAUGUAGAGUGUUUACUGUGUAAGGACAUCAAGGGGGUGUUCUUGUAGAGUGGAUACUAUGUAAGGACAUCAAGUGGAUGUUCAUGUAGAGUGUUUACUGUGUAAGGACAUCAAGGGGAUGUUCUUGUAGAGUGGAUACUGUGUAAGGACAUCAAGUGAAUGUUCUUGUAGAGUGGAUACUGUGUAAGGACAUCAAGUGGAUGUUCUUGUAGAGUGGAUACUGUGUAAGGACAUCAAGUGGGUGUUCUUGUAGAGUGGAUACAGAUGUUACAUGAUUCUCUACAUUGCUUGUUUUGCCACUGAAACUGAAAUUAGGCAAACUAUUCAAAUCUUAGCAACCAGGAAAUGGAGGAGCAAUUUCUGCAUAUUGCACCUUUAAGACAUUGUCAGCUAUACUCUGGUCAUUAUUUGAACUGGCUAGCCAGCUACCAAUGAAUCAAAACAUUGUUUAGAAAAUUGCUUUUAGUUACCUUGCUUGCUAGCUUGACAUUUACUGAAUUCAUUUUUAAACUGAUGGGUUUAUUGGUGAUAAAAUAGGGAAGGAACUGUAUGCUAUAUGGUGCACCGGGCUGCUGAUUUUCUUUUUCAUAACGACAACCGACAAGUUUGAUGUUGGACGACAAUAGAAUGCUCAUGCUGUCGCUACGACAAUUUUCUACAGACAUGUCAAUAGACUGACCGUAAACCACCUUUAGCCUACAUUUGAACGUUACAUCAUGGCAUUUAAUUGAAGUAUACUCGAUUUUUGAAAUGUUGCAUUCUAUUAAACUUUCUUUUAUUGCGUCGUCAAA